GAGAAAAGACGAUUCUAAUACGCGGCUUUUGUCAACAGGUUUUAAUAAAUACACGUGGUGUUACGUUAACAGAUUAGUUUUAUUUUAACAAAAUAGCUCGGAUCAUGGUAUAAUAAAUUUUGUGUUAAAGAUGUUAAUUUCAUCAUCUUAUUAUUUAUCAAACGAAAAAUAACUCAUCCUCUAAUUACAAACGAGAAUGUAACGUAUAUUAUCCAAUUUCUUUACGCGGAAACGAUUUAUUAUUGUUAAGUCAAAAUAUUUAAACGGAGUACAUUGACACAUUAAACCACGCAAAAUUCAUUAACCUGUAUUUAAAAAUACUAAACAAUUCGAUCGAUUCAAGGUUAAGAUGACACUAGUCUCGUGAAAAUAUUAUUUUCUUGGUCAUGUUUUGUAAUUCAAACAAAUUUACUAUAUAUAAAAGUGUUCUACAGCAUUUUGAAGUGUACAGUUAUUCCCCACAAUUUUUUUGGAAAGGGGAACAAACAGGUCACCAUGGGUAUAUAUUCGCUGUUGUUGGUCUCAUCUUGUAUGGUAUUGGGAGCAUCCGCUUUCGGUGCAUGCAACAAAAACCUAAUCCCAGACCUGAGCUAUAAACUAACUGGUAACGAAUUAGCUUUUCCAUGCGAAAGUACGAAAAAUAUUUACAAAAACACCGGUCGUCAUGUACCGAGAAAUGUAAUAGCAACCAGAAUGCAGAUAUAUAAAGAUGAAGCUUUUAUAGCCCUUCCAAGAUAUAGACACGGAGUACCGUUCACCCUCGCCAAAUUCUCUUUAAGAACUAGAGGAUGCAAAGCUACUUUGAUACCGUACCCGAGCUGGCCGCUUCAAGAAGAAGGUAACUGCGAGGCCUUCCAGAACGUCGUCGAUCUGUUCAUCGAUGGUGCUGAUAUCCUUUGGGUUUUGGAUAUUGGUAUAGUUAAUACUUUAGAGCAACCAGUACGUCGUUGCGCUCCCAAAAUAGUAGGAAUCAACUUGAAAACCAACUUGGUUGUUAAAAUCAUCAGUUUAGAAUCUUUCGUUACAGCCGAAAGUCGUCUUCAGUACCUCAUCGUCGAUUUCUCCAAAGAAGGUCUUCCUUUCGCUUACGUAGCCGACGGUGGAUCUGGAGCAAUCAUUGUUGUCAAUUUAGAUGUUGGUACCGGUUUCCGUAUUGUAUUACCGGUAGCUGUAGCUAAUGGAGAGAACGCUUGUAUCAAAGAUGUUUUAUAUAUUGCUUUAGCGAGAAAACCGUGCGGAAACAUCCUCUACUUCACUUAUUUGUCAUCGCCUAGACUAUUCUCAAUAAAAGCUGAAUUCUUGCAAAAGGGACAAGCAUCCGGAGCAGUUAUCGAUGUCGGUUGUAAACCCCCGUUAGGAAAAAUCGUUAUUCUCGGUACAGAUAACGGAGCAGCUCUAUUCUUCAGGUACAAAGGCGAAUCUGAUAUUUUCAUCUGGAACAGCGAAACCGCAUUCAAACCCGAAAACUUUCUGUUGGUGCAAAAAGGAGAUUAUUGUAGAUUGGCUACCCAAGUUGUGGCUGGAUAUAGAAAACUCAUGUGGGCUAUUGAGAGCAACUUCCACGAUUUUGUUCUUAAUGUUGCUGGAAGUCUUGGCCCCUCCAUGGCUGUACAUCCUCUUAUCAAGACCUGUGAUUAAGAUAACUUUAGGUUGAGUUCGAUGUACUGCUUAGAAGUCUGUGAUCUUGUGUGAUACGCAAAUUUAGCGAAAUAAAAUAGUUUAUAAUA